GUUCAUGGUACCCACGCGGGUUCAAAAUGCGUAUCGAGAAGUGUUAUUUCUGUUCGGGGCCCAUCUACCCCUGCCACGGCAUGAUGUUCGACCGCAACGACUGCAAGGUAUUCAGAUUCUGUAAAUUCAAGUGUCAUAAAAACUUUAAAAAGAAGCGCAAUCCUAGAAAAGUUAGGUGGACGAAAGCAUUCCGGAAAGCAGCUGGUAAAGAGCUUACAGUGGAUAAUUCAUUUGAAUUUGAAAAACGUAGAAAUGAACCUGUCAAAUACCAGCGAGAGCUGUGGAAUAAAACUAUUGAUGCAAUGAAGAGAGUUGAAGAGAUCAAACAGAAACGCCAAGCUAAAUUUAUAAUGAACAGGUUAAAGAAAAAUAAAGAACUACAGAAAGUUCAGGACAUCAAAGAAGUCAAGCAAAACAUCCAUCUUAUCUGAGCCCAUCUUGCAGGUAAAGGAAAGCAGCUGGAAGAAAAAAUGGUGCAGAAAUUACAAGAAGAUGUGGACAUGGAAGAUGCUUCUUAAAAACCUUACUGAAGCAUUUUUCAAAAGUGCAUUUGAAAACCUCCUUUGGAGACUUAGAAUUUCUAAAUUAUUGAUUUAUUUUUUAUGGUCACUCAACUGAAAGAUGAUUAAAAAUACAUCUACAUUGCUAUCUGGAAAACAUCAGUUAUGAAUUCUAUACUCAUCUCACUGUUAAUCCUUCUCUGAUAAAUAUUCUCAUGUAAUUAUGAAAAUUCAGUUUGAGAUUACAGAAGUGAAUUGUGGGUGGACAUGCCAUUUGUAUAACAGCACUAGCAGCAUUUGUGUAAUAAUUGAUGACAGAAAUUUCAUGGC